AUGAUAUCUAAGAACAAAUUUGUGAUCAGGGAGAAUUCCAUGAAAAAUCAUAGUAAAACACAGAAAUGGUCAAUUAAAGAGGAAGUGCCAAAUUACAACUAUCGUAUUAAUCCUGAUGAAUAUUCCAUUAGAGUUACUAGAAGCCUCAGUAAAAUUAUUGACUGCAUUCAAAAUUUCCAUGUCGUUGAAGUGUACAAAUGCAUGCCCCUAUUAGGGGAUGAGACAGAAAUACCCAAUUGGGAUAUUCAUGUAGCCCGAUAUGCCAUUGUGUUUAAAAAAUCCAUUUAA